AUGCGUCGGAGACAGACGUCGUCGUUUACGUCUGAAUCGUCUGUAUCGAGAACAAAAAGAUUGAUUUUAAAAUCAUCGAGCAAAGUUGUGGGGGGUGGAGGCAAUCGCAUCUCUCACGUGAUGAUGAUGGUCAAUUCUUCGUCUACGUUUUUUAUGAACAACCAAAAACGGCGACGAGGACGAGGAGGGCGAAGAAUGACGGAUGAAAGACUCGUGAUUAGUAAUAGCAGUGGUAGCGCGACGGCGGGCGGAAAUGAUGACGAGAACAAUGAUAAAAGUAGUAGUUGUUCCUUGAAAUUCAUCCAAGAAAUCAAAGAGAAAAUGGACGACCCGUUAGCCGAGUCCAACGCGACUGCUUUGGCGUUAGUCUUUUUAACCGUGUUAGCGGUGGUUGGAUACAUCUCCAGUGGGUUAGGGUCGUUAAACGCCACGAAUAACAUUCAAGUCGCGCUUCAGUUGGUCGUACAAGCGGUCGCAAAAACUGGGUUUACCGCCGCGUUUGCGUUGAUUUUUAUAUCGGAAUUGGGAGAUAAGACGUUUUUCAUCGCCGCGUUACUGGCGAUGAGAAUGGGACGAAUGCCGGUGGUUAUUGGAGCGACUUCGGCGUUAGGGUUGAUGUCAGUGAUUUCAGUGGUCAUUGGAAGAGUGUUUUCGGCGGUACCGGCGAGCUUUUCGAAUACAAUUCCCAUCGGCGAGUACAUCGCGGUGGCGAGUUUGUUGUUCUUUGGGUUGAAGUCAUUGAAGGACGCGAGCGACAUGCCAAAGAAGACGAACGCGGGCGGAGAUAACAACAACGGAAAUAUUAAAGUGGAUAAAGAUGGAGUGAUCAUUGAAGGCGCGUUGGCGGAAGCGGCCGAGGACGUGUGCAAAGCAGAAUCGAAGAUCAAAGAGUCGGACGGGAAAGGGACGACGAACAUUCAAAACAUCAUCGAAACGUUUUGCUUAAUUUUUGUCGCCGAGUGGGGGGAUAGAUCCAUGUUGGCGACGAUUGCUUUAGGCGCGGCGCAAAAUCCAGUCGGCGUGGCCGUAGGGGCAACGGCUGGACACUUAUUUGCGACGUUCAUUGCGGUCAUCGGCGGAAGUUUGAUUUCGAAGAAAAUUUCCGAACGCUUCGUCGCGUUUUGCGGCGGGUGGUUGUUUCUGCUUUUCGCUUUGUUCACCGCUAUCGGCGUCUUUUAA